ACCCAAAAAUCAAGGGACUGAAACAGGCGAGAUUAGAACAGUAGUACAUUGGGCUCCUUAAAACGAAUAGUAAGAAUAUUGCGUUAUGAGAGUGUAAGAACGAACAAAAAAAAGAUUUCUUUUUCUUUUUUCUUGUUUGGUUUAUCCAUGGCUUUUCUCGUGCCGAAACUUCUUUACGUGUGCCUGUACUCGUUGUAUGGCUCAGCAAUAGCUUAUUUAACAAUUUUCUAUAGUGAAUCGUUACACCUAAACUCAAAUCAGAUCGGAAUUGUAUUGGCUAUUGCGCCAUUUGUUCAAGUGGUCGCUUGUCCAGUGUGGACAUGGUUAGCGGAUAGAUAUCCUAAAUUGCACGGUCCACUCAUGGGCAUUUUAGCAACUAUCGGAGGCUCGAGCGUUUUAGGUUUAUACUUUCUGCCAGAGAUGUUGACUGAGAUUGAUAAACGCAUGAUGGCAACGUGUGUUUUGGGGUUUGUAUUUGCAUUUUUCGGUAGUCCUAUCUGUGCACUGGUAGAUAGUGCUGUGCUGAAAAUAUUAGACGAUCAAAAAAUAUUAUACGGUAACCAACGAUUAUGGGGGUCCGUUUCUAAUGGAGUUCAUAUACUAGUGGUGGGAUUGUUGAUCGCCCAGUACGGAAUCAAUGUCGCGUUUGCUAUAUUUUUUGUGGGAUUAGUGUCAUUCGUGCUCUUAUCCAUAUUGUUUGUACAGUUUGAUAAACACAUGAUCCACAGGAGUUCACAUGAUAAUACAAACAAUAGCGAAGAAGAGGAGACGAAUUCAUUAUUGGCGGGCAAAUCGACCCCUCUCACUGGUACGAAUUAUAUGUACGACCCAUCCUCCACAACAUGGUCACACUAUACAACUCAUCCUCCAAGACCAUCACGUAGAGAGUCGCAACAAAGUCAGAAUACGAGAAGAGAAAGUAUCGCAAAUACAUUGUAUUUAUCAGAUGAUCAAUUGCACACGUUAACAAAUGUAACCACAACAAGUCUAAUGGCUAUGGAUGCUCGUAUAGAAGCCAAUCAUGAGCUGUUGCAAUCCGACAUGGCCUAUCCGCCAUUAGGAUUAGCCUUAAGUUUGAUACCUACCAUGGAUACAUCCAUGUCAGCAUUUGCACUACUGGGACAGGAGGACGAAUAUGGGAUACCCGAAAAAGCAAUUUUAAAAUCAUACAUUGUGUAUACUUUUAUGAUUUCGAUACUCUUGUACGGAAUUUCGCAUUCGAUGAUUAGUCAGUUCCUGUUUCUGUUGUUGAAGGAUCUUGGAAUGAGUCCGUCUAUCAUUGGCUGGACAGGCCCUAUCGGAGGGACAGCCGAGGUGAUUACAUUUUGGCUUUCAAGACAAUUAUUUGACAAGUAUAGUGUUACUUUCUUGAUGACAUUGGCUUACUUGUCAUUUAUGUUUCGUGCCUUAGUUUACACGUGUUUAACCUCAUAUGAAACUAAAUCGAUCAUCGUUGCUUUAUUACUACAGAUCAUCAACGGGUUUGCUUAUGCACUUGUUUGGUCCACAGCAGUUGCGCAAGUCGACGGUUUUUUCCCGGUAGAACAACGGUCGAUAGCACAAGGAAUUUUGGCCUCGUCCUUUUCAGGACUAGGAUACGGAAUUGGGUGUGUACUUGGCGGUUACAUUUACAGUGUGUAUGGAUUUAUCCGGUUAUUCCAGACCUCCAUUGCGAUCUGUAGUAUCAGUUUAAUUGUAUUUUUAUCAGGAAGAAGAUAGCUAUUUUUAAAGUUAAAUAAACAUGAAACUCCGAC